UUUUUCUCACAAUGAUUGAUUACUUAUUUGGAAACUUUCAUUAUUUGUAGUUGAAUAACCUCAAAAUUGUAUACUUUUUUCUUCUUCGUAUUGUUGAAAUUCCUAUGUAUGUCAAAUUAAUUUAUAAGUGAUUCUUUUUUCUAGAUAACAAAAGUAGGUGAUCAAUAAACAAAAAAGAAAUGGAAAAAAAACAAAAGUUGUAUAAAAUCAAAAGCAAACCGACCCAUUAUUCGGUUUAAUAUAACGUAACCCGGCCCACACAAUAAUUCUGUCAAAAGCAAACCGACCCAUGAUUAAGCCAACAUAACCCGACCCGCACAAUUCUGUUACGCGUCUCCGGCGACUGACUAUUCGUGCCGUUCGCAUUUAGGGUUUUACUCCGAGAGGCGAUGAAUCCGUUGACAAUGGUGAAGCAGACACAGAGAAUUAACGCGAAAGAAUUAGAUCUAGGGAUCUCCGACGAAGCAUCUUGGCACGCUAAAUACAAAGAUUCAGCCUACGUUUACGUCGGAGAAUUACUGUACGAUUUAACGGAGGGUGACCUCCUCGCAGUUUUCGCACAAUAUGGUGAAGUUGUUGAUGUGAAUCUUGCUCGAGAUAAAGGAACUGGGAAAUCAAAAGGAUUUGCGUUUGUUGCUUAUGAAGAUCAGAGAAGUACAAAUCUUGCUGUUGAUAAUCUGAAUGGAGCUAAGGUUUUGGGAAGAAUCAUAAAAGUGGAGCAUUGUGGUAAAUACUCAAAGAGAGAAGAGGAUGAUGAAGAGACGAAGCAUAAGAAGAGAGAAGCUCGUGGUGUUUGCAGAGCUUUUCAGAGAAAGGAAUGUACUCGUGGAGAUGGUUGCAAAUUUUCUCACGAUGAAAACAGAGGUGCCAAUACCGGCUGGGGUCACGAAGACCGUAGAAGUUCCAGGUGAGAUCAAGUAAAGAUCACAAUUGAUGUAGAGGAUAAGGAGGGAUUGUUCAUAUUGAUAUCCAAGUGGUAAUGCUAUACAUUGAUUAAUAGUUUCCGAGUUGUAGCUAGAAUCUAUGGGCAAUAAGAUUUGUUGACCAUUAGCUUACACA